AAUUACGCACUAUUGCAAGUUUACCCCUAAAUAAAGUUGACCAAAAAAAAAAACUCAAAAGAUAGGGAAAAAAAAUUUCAUCUAGACAUUAAUGUAGAGGAUACAGAUUUAUCUAUGUUGCUUCCUUCAUCGUCUUCUUCCCCCAUCUUGUUAGGGUUUGUAGAGUUUGCACUUUGUCUUCAAAUUUUCUCGCUCAUCGUUCUCACCACCGGCCAUCUAUAGAACUUCGAUUUUUUACUUUUUUUUUUUUUUAUCGAUAUUCCAUUGUAUUAACCCCAAUUUUCCAUGUAUUGAACCGUGCAAUAGAAAAUCGCAAUUCCUCCAAGAUUUCGUAAAGAUUGAUGUAUUCUAACAAUUUAUGAAGUUACCGGCACCUUGAAUUAGCUUCCGUUGAUUUGAUUUCCUGCUACUUUGCAGUGGAAGUGCAGAGAACCCACAAACUCUACGUCUUUCACUUCAUAAGUACUCUUCUUAUCAAAGGAAGACAAACCAGGGACAUUAUUUCUUAUUGCCUUUGUGCAUGAGGUUAUGAUGGGGACUGAGCUUAUGAGAAUAUGUGUUAAAGAAGACAAUGAUGAUUUUCCAUCAGUUCCGCCAGGUUUUGAGUCAUAUACAUCUUUCUCUCUGAAGAGGGUAGAAAACAAUGAAAAACAAGAUGAUAAAAACAUGAUCAGUUGUUCCGCCUCAACAAGUGCUUCUGAAUCACCAUCAACUCAGGUGGAAAAUGAUGUUCAAGUUCGUGAAACUGCAAAGGUUCCUAGAUCCCUUCGAAGAAGACCGUGGAUUAAUUAUGGACAGUAUGAGAACCAUUCAGAAGAAGACUCUGACUGUGAGCGGCUUGAUCAAACUUUGUCCUCUAGGGCUUGUCUUCCUCGAGGAGUCAUCCGUGGAUGUCCAGAUUGCAGUAAUUGCCAAAAGGUUGUUGCCAGAUGGCGACCUGAAGAUGCUCGUAGGCCAAAUAUUGAGGAUGCUCCUGUUUUCUACCCCACUGAAGAGGAGUUUCAAGAUACUUUGAAAUAUAUAUCAAGCAUUCGCUCCAGGGCUGAGCCAUAUGGAAUUUGCCGCAUUGUUCCACCUUCUUCUUGGAAACCCCCCUGUCCUCUCAAGGAAAAAAGUAAAUGGGAGGGUUCUAAGUUUUCUACACGUGUACAGAGGAUUGACAAACUUCAGAAUCGUGAUUCAAUGAGAAAAAUGUCAAGGGUUCAAAGUAACAUGAAGAGGAAAAGGAGAAGAUGCACAAGAAUGGGGGUGGAUAAUGGCACUAGAAGAGGACCCAAUACAGCAUUUUGUGAAGUGGAAAGGUUUGGGUUUGAACCUGGUCCAGAAUUUACCUUGGAAGCAUUUCAGAGAUAUGCAGAAGAUUUUCAGCUCCAAUACUUCAGAAAAAAUGAGAACGUAUCUCAUUUGGGUGGUAAUACAACAAUUUUAAAUGGUACCUCAGAGCCUUCUGUGGAGAGCAUUGAAGGUGAAUAUUGGCGGAUGGUCGAGAGUCCUACUGAAGAAAUUGAGGUGCUUUAUGGAGCUGAUCUGGAAACUGGAAUUUUUGGGAGUGGUUUCCCUAGUAAAUCUAGUCAGCUAGGUUCUGCUUCACAUGAAAAAUACAUAAAGUCUGGCUGGAAUUUAAAUAACUUUGCAAGGCUUCCUGGAUCUCUGCUCUCUUAUGAGAGCAGUGAUAUAUCUGGUGUUUUAGUGCCGUGGUUAUACAUUGGAAUGUGCUUUUCCUCCUUUUGUUGGCAUGUUGAAGACCACCAUUUAUAUUCAUUGAACUACAUGCAUUGGGGAGCUCCAAAAUUGUGGUAUGGAGUCCCUGGAAGAGAUGCCUGCAAAUUAGAAGAGGCUAUGAGAAAGCAUUUACCAGAACUUUUUGAAGAACAGCCUGACUUGCUUCAUAAGCUGGUCACUCAACUUUCUCCUUCUAUCCUCAAGUCUAAAGGAGUACCAGUUUAUAGGUGUGUGCAAAACCCUGGGGACUUUGUUCUGACAUUUCCUCGAGCCUACCACUCAGGGUUCAAUUGCGGUUUCAACUGUGCUGAGGCUGUUAAUGUAGCUCCUGUUGACUGGCUGCCCCAUGGGCAUAUUGCUAUAGAGUUGUACCAGGAACAGGGGCGCAAGACUUCUAUAUCACAUGAUAAGCUGUUGCUUGGGGCUGCAAGGGAAGCAGUUCGAGCUCAAUGGGAGCUUAAUUUGCUAAAGAAGAAUACUUUGGAUAAUCUACGAUGGAAGGAUGUCUGUGGAAAGGAUGGCUUUUUGGCCAAAGCACUUAAGAUGCGUGUUGAGAUGGAACGAGCAAGAAGAGAAUUUCUCUGCAGUUCUCUACAGGCAUUAAAAAUGGAGAGUACCUUUGAUGCUACGGAUGAAAGGGAAUGUAACAUAUGCUUUUUUGAUUUACACCUAUCUGCAGCUGGCUGUCGCUGUUCCCCAGAUAGAUAUGCUUGCUUGGAUCAUGCAAAGCAGCUUUGUUCAUGCUCUUGGGAUUCCAGAUUUUUUCUCUUUCGGUAUGAUGUUGCUGAACUAAAUAUUCUGGUGGAGGCAUUGGAAGGAAAAUUAAGUGCAAUCUACAGAUGGGCAAAAUCAGAUCUUGGGCUGGCACUAUCAUCUGAUGUUUCAUCAGGCAAGGAAACAAUACUUAAAGAAUUGAAAUCACAUUCAUCUAGUUUGUUUCAUUCUUCCAGGGCCACUUUGAAUAAAGAGACGGCUUUGCAUCCACCAAAUAAAUAUAUUGAUGAUUCUCAAUUGAUUGACGUCCCAAUAGAGAAUCAAGCAAAUAGCAAAGAUCAGAGCUAUUUUCAACAGAGAAAAUCAGCUGAAGCUAUUUCAUUUUUGAGUUCAACUAAGGACUUGCUAACAUUUAACAGCUCAAAACCUACAUCUGAUAUUCCUAAUCAUAAGAUCUGUGUUAGUAAGGAAGAAUCUGUCAUUUGCAGCUCAAAGAGGAAAACACCUGGUUGUCAAUUGUCUCAGGAGGAUACAUCGUAUGCUUUAUCUACUCUAGCUCAACAAGGAGGUGAUAAAAGUUCACUUUACAGGCAUAACAACGUUAUACUUCUUAGUGACGAUGAAGAAGACGAAAAGAUGUCUGAUUCAAAUAGAAGGAAGGAACUUUCUUCUAUGCUUGUAGGUCCUGGAGAUAAGUCAAGCCCAUUUAACAAUAUAGAAAGUACAAACUUGACCAUUUCUGUGACAGAUACUGCUGUGAUGGGUGAAAGGGAUGCUAUGACAUUACCCCAUGAAAAUAUGAGUUCUGAUUCAAUUCCGUCUUUGCGUGUGAAACAAGAAUGUCAUGAAUACACAGGAACAGUUCUAGCCUCUACCCCACUAGAUCUUUCUUGUCAUAUUGGUCUUACAAGUGCACAAUGUACUAAAAAUAUUUCAGCUCCUUCAAAAGUAGAAGCAAGUGAUCAUUGUUUGGAAAGUUUGGUGAUGUCUCCUCUGAACCUACAACUUUCUGGCACUAAGGUUAAGACUGAAGAUAAUCACGAAAAAUUUGGAGGAUGUUCCACUUCUAAUGUAGCAGACAAUGCGAGAGCUGUUAAUGGGAACUUUUCUUCUGGUCCAAACAAUUUCCGACAGAAAGGUCCUCGGAUAGCGAAGGUUGUCCGGCGCAUCAACUGCAAUGUUGAACCAUUAGAAUUUGGGGUUGUGCUUUCUGGAAAGUCUUGGUGUAGCAGUCAGGCUAUAUUUCCAAAGGGAUUUAGAAGCCGAGUUAGAUACAUAAAUGUCUCAGAUCCAUCCAGUAUGUGUUACUAUAUUUCAGAAAUACUUGAUGCUGGACGUGGUUGGCCUCUAUUUAUGGUACUUUCACCUCUUUUUCAAUUGCUAGCUUUUGUCAUGCAAUUUGGGCAUAUACAUAUAUACAUACAUAUAUACAUAUAUACAUACAUA